AUGAGGCUACAGCUCAACGCAGAAGGAUUAGACUACAGCGAUCUACCUGUAGACGGUAACUACAACAUAGAAAUGGUGGUAACCUUGAAGCAGUUGCUGAUGUUUGCGCUGCAAAUUUCUUAUGGUCUUGAGUACCUGUUUAGCAAGGGAUUUGUUCAUCGCGACAUUGCAGCUAGGAAUAUACUUGUGAAUACGAAAGCCUCCUGCAAAAUUGGAGACUUUGGACUUUGUCGGAAUUUGUAUUCAAAUACUUUGCUCAACGAAAACAAGGGUUGCCGUUUACCGCUGAGGUGGAUGUCACCGGAGGCAAUACGACGUUUUGAGUUCUCACCACAAAGCGACAUGUAA